AUGGGAGGAGGAGGGGUCAAGUGCCCCCCAGAGCCCUGCGGACAGGGCACGGGGUCAAUGGCUAUUAGGCCCCGCCAAAGAGACCUUGAAGUAGCUUAGGUAGGCCCCUUAGUCCGGCAUGCCGAGUUAAGUUAGUGUUUCGCCCUCCACCAUGGAAGUCUGCUGGCUUGAAAGCUUUGGGCAGGGCUUGGGUUCGGCUACGUAAGACGCAUCCUAAGAACAGGUCUGGGGCUCUCGGUCAUGAGCUCCCAAGAGACCCCACAAGGUCGGAGAUUUCCCAUAGAGGCAGGAGACUCUCCCAGCCUGGCGACGGCCCCCGAAACACAGGAGCCAGUUGCACCUGAGCGCCCUGGAAGCAGGCAGCUGCGAAGAUGCCCCGGGUGCCACUGCCUGACCUUGCCCAACGUCCCCAUUGACGUCUACAUUGCCAUGGGAGGCAGCCACCGGCCACGGACCACCUGAGGCUCCCCCGGCACGAGAGGCCACGGCGGCCGCCCCCCUUGGGAACACGCGGACGGACAGACGAGGGGCGGCCGCACAGCAAGCCACACAAAACAGCGACCCACAUUUUAAUAAAAGGACACCUUAAAAUGUU